AUGAACCUGAAGAAGUACCUGGUGCGGGCACUGCACCGCCUGCAGAAGGGCCCUGGCUACACCUACAAGGAGCUGCUGGUCUGGUACUGCGACAACACCAACACCCACGGCCCCAAGCGCAUCAUCAAGGAGGGGCCAAAGAAGAAAUUAAUCUGGUUCUUCCUAACGCUGCUCUUUGCAUCCCUGGUGUUCUGGCAGUGGGGGAUCCUCAUCAACACCUACCUCUCCUACAACGUCACCUCAUCCCUCUCCAUUGGCUUUAAGACCAUGAAGUUCCCCGCAGUCACCAUCUGCAACGCCAACCCCUUCAAGUACUCGGAGGUGAAGCCCCUGCUGAAGGAGCUGGACAGGCUCAUCGAGGCAGCCCUGGAGAGGAUCCUGCAGCCCACGCCAGGCAACAGCACUGAGAACAUGUCCCUGCCACUCGACCUGGAGCUCUGGAACCAGAUCCCCCUGGUGCUCAUUGACGAGCACGACAAAGACAAUCCCAUCAUCCUGGACAUCUUUGAGACCAACCAGACUGCUGUGGACAACGAAACUGCCAUGGACAGCAGAGCCAAUGUGAGCAGUGACACUCUGGCAGUGAAGCUGUGCAGCCACCAGGGCUCUGAGAACUGCACGUACAGGAACUUCAGCAGCGCGGCGCAGGCGGUGACCGAGUGGUACAUCCUGCAGUCCACCUCCAUCCUCUCCAAGGUCCCGCUGCACGAGAGGAUCAGGAUGGGCUACCAGGCAGAGGACAUGAUCCUGGCCUGUCUCUAUGGGGCCGAACCCUGCAACUACAAGAAUUUCACCCAAAUCUACCACCCAGACCAUGGUAACUGCUACAUCUUUAACUGGGGCAUGGAUGAAGAGGCUCUGAAUUCUUCCAACCCUGGGGCUGAGUUCGGGCUGAAGCUGAUUCUGGACAUCAGCCAGCAGGACUACAUUCCCUACCUGUCCUCUGCUGCUGGGGCCAGGCUCAUGCUGCACCAACAGAAGAGCUUCCCCUUUCUCAAGGAUCAGGGCAUCUACGCCAUGGCUGGGACAGAAACCUCCAUUGGAGUGCUGGUGGACGAGCUGGAGCGGAUGGGUUACCCCUACAGCGACUGCACCGUGAACGGCUCCGACGUCCCCGUCAGAAACCUCUACAGCCAGUACAACACCUCCUACUCCAUCCAGGCCUGCCUGCGCUCCUGCUUCCAAACCCACAUGGUGGAGAUCUGUGGGUGUGGGCACUACAUGUUCCCUUUGCCUGAAGGGGUGAAUUACUGCAACAACGAGGACAACCCAGGCUGGGCAUAUUGCUAUUCCUCACUGAGAUCCAGCAUAAAACAGCGUCAGAUCUGCAUUGACUCCUGCAAAGAAACAUGCAAUGACACCCAGUACAAGAUGACCAUCUCCAUGGCAGACUGGCCAUCAGAAGCCUCUGAGGACUGGAUUUUCCAUAUUCUGUCUUAUGAAAGGGAUAUGUCAACAAAUGUGACUCUGGACAGGAAUGGGAUCAUCAAGCUGAACAUUUACUUCCAGGAGUACAACUACCGCACCAUCUCAGAGUCAGCUGCCACCACGAUCGUUUGGCUGCUGUCGAGCCUGGGAGGCCAGUUCGGGUUCUGGAUGGGGGGCUCGGUGCUGUGCCUCAUUGAGUUUGGGGAGAUCAUCAUCGACUCGCUGUGGAUCACCAUCAUCAACGUCAUCAGCUGGUGCAAAGGCCUGAAGCAGCGGCGGGCGCGGGCGCGGUUCCCGGACUCGCCCCCGACGGUGUCGGAGCUGGUGGAGGCCCACACCAACCUGGGCUUCCAGCCCGAGCCCGGGGGGGCCGUGCCCGGGGCCCCGGCGCUGCCCCCCGAGCCCGGCACGCCCCCGCCCAACUACGACUCCCUGCGGGUGCAGCCCCUGGACACGCUGGGCCCCGAGAGCGACGCGGACACCGAGUGA